GAUAACCUGGAUAGCAAAUAGUACAAUAUUUUCAGUUAUGAUGAUGUAAAUACUUGUGUUAAAGUAAAAUCAAGAAUUUCACUUAUUAAUUUUUAUGUCAUAUUUCAAUAUGAAUUUAAGCAAAAGUGAAAAAUUGUUGGCUGCUAAGAAAAAGCUAAGGGAAUUUCAAUUAAGUAAACUGGAAAACAGUCAAGAUGGUCCUAUUAAACAAAAACAUCAUUCUGUAGAUUUAUUAUUUUCACAGUGCCAAAAUGCAGAAACUAAUAAAUUAAAUGUAGAUGGUAUAAGCGAUACAUUAACAAUAGGAACUUCAGAAAAUAACACUCAUAUUGUUCAUGAGUUCCAAAAAAAUGAAAUACCUCUCAUAAAUACAUUAAUAACUUCAGAAAAUACAACAAAACAUGAUGAAUUACAUUAUUCUUUAGAAGAGGUUACUAAUUCUAUACAAAACACACAAGAAAUUAAUUCAGUAUCAAAGGUAGACAAAGAAAUGGAUUUAAAUGAUUUACCAAAAGUACAAAAAGAACAUCUCUUAGAGAUGGCUUCUGCAGUUGCAGAUGCUUUAACAAAUGAAUCAGAACAUAUAGAAACAUCUUUAGAUUGUAAUUUAAUGUGUCAUAAUCAAUUUUUAAGUUCCUAUUUAGAAGAACAAAAGAAAAUUGUUAAUGAAUUACACAUAGAGCUCAGUAAUGCUCAUAGCAGAGUUUCAGAAUUAGAAACCAAAUUAGCAGGAAAAGAAAUAGAAUUUCAGGCACAAUUGGCACGAGAAAUAAAUCCUUUGAAAGAACAACUUCAAGUUCAUACUCAGACUACUGGAAUUCUAAUUGCAGAAAAAGCAGAACUCACUGCUGCCCUUAGCCAAGCUCAACAAAGUGCUAGACAUAGUUCAGAAGACAUAGAGGAAAUAACAAAAAGAUCAAAGAAUGCACAAAUUCGUAUAGUUGAAUUAGAAAAAGAAAUAUCUACUGUAAAAAAUAAUAAUGAAGAAUUGAGAAAAAAUUGUUAUCAAUUGCAAGAUGAAUAUGAUUCCCUAAAUAAAAAAUUUUUUGAAUUGAAAAAAGAAAAAGAAGAUUUAAAUUUAGAAGUAUCUGAAUUAAAGCAAAAGCUAAAUCUAAAAAAAACAGAAUUAAUUGCCAUUGAGCAAGAACUUCAAGAAAAAGCAGCAUUGCUUUCAUUAAGUGAACUUAGAAUACAACAGAUGAAAGGUGCUGCAUCAACAGGAGAGGAAAAACAUACAUCAAUUCUUCUAGAACAAGAAUUGGCACAAACUAAAGAAUCUUUGAAAAUUGUUAGUAUUGAAAAAGAUGAAACUAAUAAACAAUAUCAGAAUUAUGUUAAACAAUUAGAUGCCCAGCAAGCAAAAUUAUUAGAGGAGAUAAAUAUGCAAAAGAAAGCUGUAGAAGAUUUACGAUAUAGAGAACAAAAUUAUGUGCAAAAAAUUUCAAAUCUUGAACAGCAGUUGCAACAAGAAAGAGAAAAAGUAGAGAAAUUAUCGCCUUUGCAAGAUCGUAAAGACCAAAUGGAUAAUUUACUAAAAAAUAUAGAUGAACUUACAUUAGAACAAGAAAGACUCCAUAUUACACUAUCUGAAAAGGACUCACAAAUCGAAAUGUUAACAAAAAAUUUAAAUGAUCUACAAGAUGUAAAUAAUCAAAAAGACGAAGUAACAAAGUUAGCUAAUGCUCUUGAAAGUGAACAGUUAGGGGCAUCUAGAGCAGUUCAUCAAAAUCGACAAUUGAAAGAACAAUUGACUGACAUGGAAACUGCUUUUGUUAACCUGAGUAAUGCCAAAUUGGAUUUAACUGAACAACUUCAAGCAGAACGUUCAAUAGGACGAAAAUUAAAUAUUCAAUUAAAUAAUGUGGAAAAUGAGUUAGAACAAUUAAAAGAAAAGCUAAGGGAAAAAGAAGUUAUUCUUGAAGAGCUUAAAAAAGAAAGUCUUCAGAGUGCUCAAAUAGCAGAUCAAAUACAACAUUACCAAGCACAAUCACAUCAUGUAGAUACUUUUCAACGAGAACUUCAACAUGCCAUAAUUACUAUAAAAAAACUGGAAAAGGAAAAACAGGCACUUACAGAGAAAUUGAAAGAAACGAAUCCAGAUAGUUCUGUUUCAGAAAUUGAGUCAUAUUCUAUGAAUGCUAAUAAUAAUACAUUAAAUUCAGAAGCAAAUAUACAUUCAAAAUGUCUGAACGAAAGUAAUGUUACAGUAUUAGAACCUGUAAAACAACUUGAACAAAGAUUUAAACAAACCAUGGAACGAGUUGCAGAGCUCACAGAAGAAAAACAGAAACUUGAACAUCUCGUGUUACAACUUCAAAGUGAAACAGAGACAAUAGGAGAAUACAUAGCAUUAUACCGAAAAGAAAGGGCACAUAUACAAAAUAGAGCAGCAGAAAGAGAGGAGUUAUUUCGGCAAAUACUCGAACAAAGAAAUCAACAACAAGAACAAUUACAUAAAUUAAAAGUCUUGGUUAGUGAUUUUCUUCGAAAAGAAUACAUACAUUCCAAUGGAACAGAGCAUAUGAUUGAAACAGAAACAGAUUCCAACAACUCAAUGAACCUAAGAAAAGUAAAAGCAAUGACAGAUUCACAAAUAGAAAAUAAAAGUGUUUUGGAACUUCUAGAUGUCCUAACAGAGAUAAAAGAUUGUAAAGAUUCUUGUAUGUUUGAACCAAAUUUUCAUCCAUGUCCUUGGUGUUCUGGAAAGUUACUUACAGUAUAAAAGAUAUGUCACGUAUAUAUUGUAUUUUUAGU